AUGAAGGGUCUGAGCCUACCGUGUGCUGUUUCGGACGAAGACGUCUUCGGCCCAAUUGUGGACUCUUCGUGUCGCCAUGGCUUUGAUUUCACUCUUUUGUUCGAGGAGACAGUCCUCACAUUCCUGCCUCUUGUAGUUACCUGGCCUAUUGUUCUGAUACGGUUGUGGAGCCUUCGAAAUGUGUCGGAGAAAGUCAACCGUUCAUGGCUCUAUUUCACGAAAGAGAUGGUUUCAUUUCUGCAUAUGACUCUCCAGUUUAUACUGCUGAUUUCUUGGUAUCAACAAUCCACCCCCACGACAAGAGCAACUGUGCCAACAGCUUUCGCUUCGGUAAUGGUGUCGCUUUUUUGUCUGUACUUGUCACACUUGGAGCAUUUUCGCUCGCUACGUCCCUCGACUACCCUGUGCCUCUUCCAUGGAUUUGCUCUGAUUCUUGACCUGCCGCGUCUUCGAACUCUCUCCCUCUUGCCGAAUAAUCGGACUGUGACUAUCAUAUUUGCUGUCUCCUUGCUUUCCAGAACUGGCGUUGUCAUCCUCGAGGCCGCAGAAAAGAGAUCCCUGUUGAAGAAGCCAUUCUCUGGAAGUGCUAUUGAAGCCACUAGUGGAAUCUUCAAUCGCAGUCUGUACUUGUGGGUGGGCGGUCUGCUGUGGAAGGGCUCGAAAACCACCUUAACUGUCGACAACCUCCCUAUUCUCGAUGACGAUAUCAAAGGAGCCUCAAAUCCUGAGACUCUACUUGAAAAAUGGAACAAAGCCAACAAAUACGGUCGCAAUGCUUUGUUAUGGACCUUUAUGAAACAUUAUAAAUGGGAAUUCCUUGGUGGCAUCUUGCCACGUAUGGCAUUCACUGGCUUCUCGUUCGCACAACCGUUCCUUGUCCAAAGGGUGCUGGACUUCAUGACCGAGCCUGAACACGUCAAUUCAUCAAAUUACGCUCGGGGCCUUGUUGCGGCAUAUGGCAUCGUCUACGUGGGAAUUGCAGUCACACACAAUGUCUACCGUUCCAAGGUAUACAGGGUCAUUGUGAUGGUCAGAGGAAGCUUGGUGAGCAUGAUAUUUGAUAAAACGCUUCGUAUGGGCACAUCGGCUGCGUCAGAUGCAUCGGCGGUUACUCUGAUGAGCACAGACAUGGAACGCAUCGGAGAUGGUCUUCUCGAUAUGCAUGAAACGUACUCCAAUUUCGUCGAGGUUGUGCUCGCUCUUAUUUUCUUGGCGCGACUUCUUGGUAUUGCUACUGUCGCUUCUACAGUGCUCGUCAUCGCUUGUUUGGUUGCCGGAUUGCCUAUCUCUAUGGCCAGGGCUAAUGCCCAAGGCGUAUGGCUAGAAUUUGUCGAAAAGCGUGUUUCCGUGACUUCUAAGGUCCUCGGCGUCAUGAAAAAUGUCAAGAUGACAGGCUUAACGAACAUAGUUGCCAACAGUCUGCGGAAGCUGAGAAAAGAUGAAAUUGGAGCGUCGCAGAGGAUGCGAGUCAUUCGAGUCAUAAAUAAUACGAUCUCAUACAUCUCUGACGCGCUGGCUCCAGUAGUCGGCUUUGGGCUCUAUAUCAUUCUUGCCAAGGCAAAUGGUGGACCUACCUUGACUAACGGAACUGCAUUUGCGGCAUUGACCCUCUUCUCUCUUCUCGAUGCACCGGUUGUCUCGAUUGUCUAUGGAACGGAAGAUUUAAUGACGGUUGUCAACUGCUUUCAAAGAAUCCAGCAGUACCUGAACGAAACCGAGCGAGAGGACCGUCGUUUGGAGCUGCCUAAAGAAGACCCGAUACUUAUUGACACGAAUGAGAAUGGGGGAAAAUCGUUCGACGACGAGCCUAUCCUCAAGGACCUGGAUUUCGAUAUCAAACAAGGAAAUACGACUAUGAUAAUCGGCUCAGUGGGCUGCGGAAAGUCAACUCUCCUCAAGGCUCUGCUCGGUGAAGUCCAAGAGUGCUCCGGUCAGGUGUUCACAUCAUACAAAACUGCUGCAUAUUGUAGCCAGUCUCCAUGGGUCAAAUUUGGAACUGUUCAGGAGAAUAUUGUUGGGUCGUCUCUGUGGAACAAAUCUUGGUACGAUCGUGUCGUUCACGCUUGCGCACUAGAAUUCGACCUGCAACAACUCCCAGCGGGAGAUCAGACCAAAGUUGGUGUUCGUGGUUCGAGGCUUAGCGGCGGGCAACAAAUGCGUGUGGCACUUGCUCGAGCUCUCUAUUCAAGGGAACCUGUUUUGAUCCUGGAUGAUGUCUUGACAGGACUAGAUCGUGAGACGGAGAAGCUCGUUCUAGACGCUGUUUUCGGGGCCCGUGGCAUUGUAAAGGAGCUCGGCCAAACCGUUAUUCUUGCUACAAACUCCGUACACCACAUUGCUUACUCUGACUUCGUUAUCUCGCUCAAUGGGCAAGGCCAGAUCGCCCAGCAAAUCUCAUCCAAAGAGCUCAUGGCGAAUAAGGAUUAUACUGCCAUGUUCGACGACAAACCAGAGCAAGUCAACACGGAUAGGGCACCAGAUGUUGUAUUUGAUGAUGAGCAGCUACAAGAGUUAAACCUAGAAGGCGAAGACACUAAUAACUUCAGUCGAAGAACAGGUGACUGGACAGUCUACUUGUACUACUUCCAGGUCAUGGGGUACCCAUUGCUAUUUCUAGCAGUUGCAUGCUCCGUGUUUCAUAUUGCCGGGUCCACAAUUCCACAAAUCUGGCUUCAAUGGUGGACUCGUGCCAAUGAAAAGCAUCCGAAUGCUGAUAUUCCGUACUGGCUCGGCGGCUAUACUGCUGUGGGAUUUUUGACUCUUUUCGCCGUCUUUUGUUCGAUUUUCGUCUUCGACAUGCUCGUUAUCCCCAGGACGGCUCGCCAAUUUCACGAAAUCCUUCUGGGUACAACUAUGAGUGCCACCACCUCUUUCUUAACAUCUACGGACAUUGGAACUACAACCAACAGGUUCACCCAGGAUCUAGAACUGAUUGACGAAGAGCUCCCAGCUGCUUUUGAAUUGGCAAUGGAUGGGGCUCUAAGCUGUCUCGUGGAAGUAAUACCCAUCUGCAUCAUCGCAGUCUACUAUGUGGCAACAUUCUAUGUUCGAACAUCUCGUCAAGUCCGUCUGCUAGAUAUUGAGACAAAAGCUCCGCUAUUCUCUCAUUUUCUGGAAACUCUGAGUGGCCUAUCCAGCAUUCGUGCUUAUGGAUGGACUGACGAGUAUCGUCAUCUGAGCCGACUUGCUCUGGAUAAUUCCCAACGACCGUUCUAUAUUCUCCUCUGCAUCCAGCGCUGGCUCAAUCUGGUUCUUGAUUUGAUCGUCGCUGCUAUCGCCGUCAUGGUCAUUGCGAUUGCGCUGUCUUUGAGAGGGAACUCAUCACUCAGCCUUCUUGGCAUUGCCUUGUUCAACAUUGUGAAUUUUAGCUCUACUCUACAAUCGCUGGUUACCGAGUGGACUGGCCUUGAGACGUCGAUUGGGGCUGUUGCUCGUAUCCGCUCAUAUGUACGCGAGGCCAAAACCGAGGACUUGGAUACUGAGGUUCAGUCUGUCCCAAGCUCAUGGCCACUACACGGGGAGGUGGAGUUUAUCAAUAUGUCGGCUUCUUAUGAAACCUCUUUGUCGCCGGUCUUAGAAAGAAUCAAUUUGAAGGUUGCACCAGGAGAGAAGAUCGCAAUCUGCGGUCGAACAGGAAGCGGGAAAUCAUCUCUCAUCUCGACAAUCCUGCGGACUCUUGAAAUUGCCAGUGGCAGCAUCCUCAUUGAUGGUGUCAACAUAGCACUGCUUUCAAGGUCACACAUUCGAUCUUCAUUAAACACGAUUCCCCAGCAGGCCUUCUUCCUCCACGGCAGUGUCCGGCUGAAUGUCAAUCCUCAACAAGAUGUAUCGGACGAAAAGAUCAUUGACGCCCUUCAAGAAACUAACCUUUGGUCUCAUAUCGAAUCUAAAGGAGGGUUAGAUAUAGAGAUGUCAGAAGAGUUACUCUCCCAUGGACAAGAGCAGCUAUUCUGUCUCGCGCGGGCUAUUUGCAAAUCUAGCCAGAUCGUGAUUAUGGAUGAGGCCACAAGCAGUGUGGACUCGGAAAGCGAGAAACUCAUGCAGAGCGUCAUUCGCAAGCAUUUCAAAGACCAGACUAUCAUUGCCAUCGCACACAAACUGGACACCAUUCUGGAUUAUGAUAAAAUCGCGUUUAUGGACCAGGGUAGAGUGGUUGAGUUCGAUGAGCCUCAAGCUCUCUUGUCGAUGGAGAAAUCGGCGUUCAAGUCUUUGUACAAUAGUUUCUGCGAUCAAGCAUCAUAA